AUGCUUCUCAUUAGGAGAUGUGGGGUGCUGCUGCGGGGGCAGCGCGCCCCGAAACUAGCGAGGCCAAGUGUGCUGGCGAAUUGCUCUCCUGCUCCGCAAAUGCCCAAGGAGCGGCUGGAGCUACUUGAUAGGUCUUGGUCGGACGCUGCCGAGCUGUACCUCAAAGAGCUCGCGCCGCGAUUUGACCCCUGGUUUCAGCUGGCGGUCAACGAGCUCAAGGCGCACGCCCUCCCUCCGGGCCCCGUCCUCGUGCCUUGCUGCGGUCCGGGUCAGGAGCUGCUGCCCCUUCACGCGCUGUACGGAGGCCAGCGCCGCGUGGUGGGGCUGGAUCUGUCCCACGGCAUGAUUGACCUGGCCCGGGCCGCAAUCGCCGCCGGCUCCGCCACUGACACUCCAACUUCGCAUCAACAGCAAAAGCAGCAGCAGCAGCAGCAACAGCAGCAGCAGCAGCAGCGCAAAGGGGAGCCGGUGGAGGCGCAUGUGGCGGACGCAACGGCGCUGGAUGUCUACAGCCCGGCGGCGGCGGUGGUGUCGGUGUUCGGGCUGCAGCAGAUGGGCGCGCUGGCGCCGGCGGCUCUGGCCAACUGGGGCAGGUGCCUGGCUCCGGGCGGCGUGUGUGUGGUGGUGCUGUGGCCGUCGCGAGUGGAGGACAGCGGGCCCUGGUGCGCCUACGACCAGGUGGUGCUAGAGAAGGCCGCGGCGGACAAGGGCCAGCCGCCGCCGCCGCCCGACGCCGCCGCCCGCGCGCAGCUGCACGAGUGGGAGCAGCGGCUGACAGAGCAAGUGCGAGCGGAGGCGGCCGCGGCGGAGGCGGGAGGCGAGGGCUGCGGCGUGGAAGUGCUGGUGGACCGGCUGCAGGAAUACGAAAUGAGCUGGCCCUCGCCCGAGUACUUCUGGAGGGUGAUGACGGAGGGCGGCCCCUGGCGGGCGCGGCGGUUUGCGCAGGGCGAGGCGGCCAUGUCCGACCUGGCCAACCGCUUCGCCGCAAAGUACGGCGGCAUGGGGUCGGAGCGGUACGGCAGUGUGAUGCUGUCGCACUCACCCGCCGCCCGGCUGGUGGUGCUGCAGCGGCGGCGGCAGCAGCCCUAGUGGCCGGCUCGGGACUGUUCCGAGUAAGCCACCAGAGACUCGGGCGGCACGGUACGUAAGACCACAAGAAAACGGACUGACACGUGCGGGAACAUGGCCGGCUGAUCGGGCUGCCCAGGAGAGCGUAGAUGAUGGUCAAUGAUGUCAGUUGCUUGGGGAACUACAUGCAUUUUUAGGCCAUGGGGGGCUCUGGGCCGCCCCUAUAAUGCGACAUUACAAGCACCAUGGGACAGCUCGGGGAUCAUCUCUGGCCUUGUGAACAACCUGGCAGGCGCUGCUGCGCUGCCAAUAAGAGCCACUGUGUGGCACGCAUGACGGACUCGCACACGCACGCACGCACGCACGUGAUAUUCGAGCCCUGAGGUCACACCGGUCAGUAGUAUGCAGCAUGGAUGAUUCGAUAAUUUUAUGCAUAAUUUGGCAUGUCUAAUGGACCAUGCCUCUAGCUUAUGGGAGUUAAUAAAGGCGCUAGCGUGUGAGAGUUUGACAGGCCCAAGCGCGCCACGUAUGACGGCGACGGUCUAUAGGGAGGUCGCGGUGCCUUUAUUUGCCGCAGCCACUUCACAGGCCCAUGCCCGAGGCUUGCCUGUCACUCCCUCCUUGCACGCAUGAUGCUCGGACGGAUAAAUCAAGCGAGGAGAUGCAGGAAGAAUUUGAAUGCGGUAUGUAUAUGAUUUAUCCUGUGUUCCUGAAAGACAUACAAUACAAGCGUGCAGAGGUAUAAGGUACAGCGUCGUGGCAAUGAUGCAUAGUUUGAGAUGCCUUGAUUGCCACAACACUACCGUACGUCUUGUCUGGAGAGGCAAUUAAUGGCAUCUCGUGCGAAGAGGCUGACACGGUCUUGUGUAGGCUUCAGCUGCUGUUUUGUUUGGCAUCACGUGACGGACCAAGGGGUGGGUUAGCUGAGGCAGAGACCCCUGAGGCUCCCCGCGCCCUUGGUCCUGACGCCAAAUAUCGUGAUUCGUAUUGAUUGCGUGGACGUGUGCUUGCGCGAUGGGGGCGAAAGCUCUUGUGUAUGCUUAUUGUGCCGGUCUGGUGUAUAGAUAUCAUCGGUAUUGAUUGGCCAGGUUUGACGCACCCAUGACGGACAAAGGCGCUGCAUGCUGCCCGGACCCGUGAGCAAAUGACUGGCGGCGCUCCGAGGUUUCUGCAGGUCGGCCCGUUGUACCGACGUGUCAAACAAAGCUGGUAACAUGGAAUGUACUUCCGCGCUGCGGCGCUGUAUGUUAUGCCGCUGUAAGUGCCACUGUGGCUGGGCUGGCAUACAUUUUGCAGCCGGCAUACGGUAAUGUUGCUGCCGCUGAGGUUUGAGGACGGUCGGCCUUAGACCCGGCCUUGUGUUAGUUCGAGGUUGGACGUGACAGGGUAGGGGAGGCAAGUGGCUGAUUCCCGAGGAACAAUGCAAGGUACCCCCAGCGCCGGUGCUGGUGAAAGCCAGGCUGGUCACGCUGACGCGUUUUCGGCGCGCAUGACGGACCGCAAGGAGAACUUAGAGGACUUGGGGACAUUUUCACGUACAUGCCCACGGGUUUGCCUUGCGUCCCGACGCCAAAAGUGUAACAGCUUGUCGUU